AGCGGCUUCGCACGAAUUAUUAAUUUUAUUUAAAAUAUUUUAAUUUGCCUAUAAUUCUAUUUAAAAUCUCCACUUGUCCGUUAUAAGUUAACGCUUAUAAUGAUAUUAAUUUAAGCUAUAUACUAUAUAACAAACUAAUAUAAAUAAGUAUCAUGACUUCUAUAAUAAAAUUGCACUGUCUCUCUGGGGCUGGAGACGAAUCUCCACCAUGUUACGUCCUUCAAAUAGACGAAUUCAAAUUUCUCUUGGACUGCGGAUGGGAUGAAAAAUUUGAUAUGGAUUUUAUAAAAGAACUAAAAAGACAUGUGAACAGUAUUGAUGCAGUGCUUUUAUCUCACUCGGACCCUCUACAUCUCGGCGCACUACCAUAUGCUGUAGGUCAGCUUGGCCUCAACUGCCCCAUAUACGCUACAUUGCCAGUAUACAAGAUGGGGCAAAUGUUCAUGUACGACUUGUACCAGUCACACAAGAAUGUAUCAGACUUUGAUUUAUUUACAUUGGACGAUGUAGAUGGGGCUUUUGAUAGAAUAACACAACUUAAAUAUAAUCAGAGUAUCGAUAUGAAAGGCAAAGGUUUAGGGCUACGUAUCACCCCCUUACCGGCUGGUCAUCUACUUGGUGGCACGGUGUGGCGUAUUGCCGCUCCAGGGGAAGAAGACAUAGUUUAUGCACCAGACUUUAAUCAUAAGAAGGAACGACAUCUUAAUGGUUGUGAAAUUGAGAGAAUAAUGAGACCCUCUCUACUCUUACUGGGUGCUAUGAAUGCUGAUUAUGUUCAACCGCGAAGAAGAUUGAGAGAUGAAAAACUUAUGACAACAAUUCUUAGCACUCUUCGGGGUGGUGGCUCUGUGCUAGUCUGCACAGACACUGCAGGCCGAGUGCUGGAACUGGCUCACAUGUUGGACCAGCUUUGGAGGAACAAGGACUCUGGCCUUGUGGCCUACUCUUUACUUCUUCUGUCUAAUGUCAGUUAUAAUGUUGUCGAGUUUGCUAAAUCACAGAUAGAAUGGAUGAGCGACAAGUUAACGCGUGCAUUUGAAGGCGCUCGCAGUAACCCCUUCGCGUUGAGGCACCUGCAUCUGUGCCACUCGGUCGCUGAGGUCACAAGGACCCCGGGACCCAAGGUUGUGCUGGCGUCCUUCCCCGACUUAGAGACAGGCUUUGCGAGAGAUCUGUUUCUGCAAUGGGCGCCGCAUUCACAGAAUUCAAUAGUUUUAACUGCCAGGACGUCCCCGGGCACGCUGGCGCGCGAGCUGGUGGAGCGCGGGGGGGAGCGCACGCUGGAGCUCACCGUGCGGCGCCGCCUGCGGCUGGAGGGCGCCGAGCUGGAGGACUACCUGCAGCAGCGCAGCAGGGUCAGCAGCAACGUCAAAGAGGAGGCGGGCGGCAUCUCGUCGGACUCGGAGUCGGACGGCGAGCUGGAGAUGUGCGUGGUGACGGGCCGACACGACAUCCCCGCGCGCAGCGACGCGCGCCCCGCCGGCUGCUUCAAGACCAACAAGCGCCACCACGCCAUGUUCCCCUGCCACGAGGAGCGCGCGCGCAGCGACGACUACGGGGAGCUCAUCCGGCCCGAGGAUUACCGACUGGCCGAGAUCGUGGACGCCGAGGGGGAGAUCCGAGACGUGCCUCCGGCGCCGCCGCAGAGAAUGGAAGUCGAAGAGGAACUGACCGAAAUCCCGAGCAAAUGUGUGAGUUCGGUGCGGCAGGUUCAGAUCCGAGCCAACAUUCAGUACAUCGAGCUGGAGGGCCGCUGCGACGGGGAGUCCCUGCUGCGCGUGGUGGCGCACGCCAAGCCGCGCGCCAUCGUCGGCCUGCGCGCCGCGCCCGCCGCGCUGCGCACGCUCGCUAAACACUGUGAAAGUGAAGGUAUUGAACAAAUAUUCACACCGAACCGCGGGGACAUCGUCGACGCCACCACCGAGUCCCACAUCUACCAGGUGAAGCUGACGGACGGGCUGCUGGCGGGCGUGUGGUGGCGCGCGGCCGGCGACGCCGAGCUCGCCUGGCUGGCGGCCGUCGUCACCGCGCCGCGCGCGCGCGAGCCCACCGCCGAGGAGACGCCGACGGACGAGAUGAUGUCGCUGGAGGCGGGCGGCGGGGCGUGCGCGCCGCACACGGCGUCCUUCAUCAACUCGGUGCGGCUGUCGGAGCUGCGGGCGGCGCUCGCCAAGCUGGGCCUCAACGCGGAGUUCUCUGCGGGCGCGCUGGAAUGCUGCAACGGCACGAUUGCGAUAAGGAGGUUGGAAAAUGGUCGCGUCGCAUUGGAAGGUGUUCUUUCUGAAGAGUACUUCAAAAUAAGGGAAUUGUUGUACGAUCAAUUCGCUAUUGUAUAA